AUGCUUCGGGAAAAAGCACUGAGCUCAGCCAAUUCCUGCACUGUUAGGCCUCACCUUAAGCAUCUUCUUGUUCAUGAUCCCAGCCAUAUUCGGAGGCCUAGGCUAUCGUCAUUCAUCCAUUUCCAUGGCCCUUCAAAAUAUUGGAGUGGGUUCGUUGUUAUUGAUUUUUCGCUAGCCGAGCACGAACCUGAAGAUCAGCCUGUGAUCGAUCGGGUGAAUUGCUCCUUCUACUUCAAAAUAGGUGCAUGUCGACAUGGUGACAAAUGCUCUAGGACACAUAUCAUGCCUUCUUUUUCACAAACAGUUUUGCUGAAAAAUCUUUAUCACAACCCAAUGAUUGACACCAGACAAGCGGAUGCCUUUGCCAAGGUUGGGCAAAUGAACGAGCAAGAGCAGCAGUACUUUGAAGAAUUUUUUGAAGAAAUAUUUGUUGAACUGGAAGAUAAGUUUGGUCCAAUUGAUGAGAUGAAUGUAUGCGAUAAUAUUGGAGAGCACAUGAUUGGAAAUGUUUACGUAAAAUUUGAAAAUGAAGAAGAUGCAGACAAAUGUGUCAAAGGACUUGAGAACAGAUGGUUUAAUGGUUCACCUGUUUAUGCUGAACUCUCACCCGUAACAGAUUUUCGUGAGGCUUGUUGUCGGCAAUAUGAAUUGGGAGGUUGUAACAAAGGUGCUUUUUGCAAUUUCAUGCAUUUGAAGCAAAUAUCACGUGAUUUGAGACGAAAGUUAUAUGGUUCUCGGGCAGAAUACCGUGGCGGUGGUUAUUAUGGCGGUGGGAAUUGGCAUGAAGGUAGAGGAGGUGAUUACGGUAGUUAUUCGCGCCGUAGUGGUGGAUACGGUGGUGGUAGUGGCAGACGGCGGCGUCAAGCAAUAUUUUUUGGAAUGGAUAUUCUAAGAAAUCAUUCGAAGGUGCGCAUCGGCAACUAUGACUCGUUCGAACAAAAAAUCAAACAUUUUAUGGACGGUGGGCCAGAUAACUUCAUGAUAGUUGCAGAUUUCGAUUAUACUCUCACAACAAGCACAACUAGAACUGGUGAUCGAGCUGAUAUCACUUAUGAUGUGUUUGCUAAACCAGCAUCAAAUAAAUCACCAAGUUACAGUCACCUGUUCAAGGCUUUAAAUGACAAAUACUCUCCCAUAGAAACUAAUUUGUUUCUGAGUGAUAAAGAGAAGUCACUAGCUAUGCUGGAGUGGUGGAAUAAAGCUAACGAUCUUAUCAUUAGUGCAGGAUUCAGACAGAACGAACUACUGGAUUUUGUAAAACAAUCUACUAUGCGGCUUAGAUCUAAUGGUGCUUUAUAUUUGGACGAGUUAGAACGGUUGAAGAUUCCUGUAAUAAUCUUCUCCGCGGGUAUCUCUAAUGUUAUUGAGGCAUCACUGCUAUUUGAAUUAGGAAGAAUUCCGCGAAAUGUUCACAUUGUAUCAAAUACAAUGUACUUCAAUGAAGUGGGUGUUGGUUAUAAAUUCUCGGAACCAGUUAUACAUUCAUUCGCAAAAAAUGGAAGUCUGCUAGAGAAGUGCUUGGAGAGUUUGCAAGAUUUAAAGCUGAAGAAUCAAAUUAUCCUUUUAGGCGACUCUUUAGGAGAUUUAUAUAUGUUGGAUGGCUGUUCGUUGUCAAGUGAAAGAGAUAAAACUAUACUAAAAAUCGGUUUUCUGAACAAAAAUAUUGAUGUAUUACUGGAUUCAUAUGUCAAAAAUUUUGAUAUGGUUAUAGUGAGCGAUCAAACAAUGGACAUCUUGAGACAUUUGAAUCACGUUUUAUUUGCUGUCAGUUAA